GUAUUUUGUUUUGCAUUCUAGUCCGAAGACUUAAUUACUUGCCAGGAUAUUAAACACGUGAUGAAGCCCAACGGGAUCUGCUUAUUUCUCAAUGUGUCCGAAUCAUGUAGUAAAUUUGUAAAAUUAAAGGGAGUGCAGUUCGCUGAGGUGAUUUGUAACACAAUCCCCCGCCCAUGCCGCAUUGAACUAGCCGAAUCCCAGGUGAAGCACUCCUGCUUACUGCUCACUCAGGCUGGCGAUAAAGAUGAUGAAGCAAUAGAAAAACUUCUCCAAGAUCAGAAGACUGAGCUGACCAAGUUAGGAAUAAACUCCCAUAAAUUGGAGAGCAUCGGAUGCCACCAAGACUUUUCCCGGAGGACACUGAUUGCCUUGGUCACAUCUGGACUCUUGCUGGCAUUUCUGGGUUUGGCUGGAUACUUCCUUAUGAAGCGACGGAGCUGGAGCCCCAUGGGAGAGAGGCUGGGUGAAGACCCCUAUUACACUGACAAUGACAGCCAGGGAAACACAGUGAUCACCGUGGCCUCCCAAGAGCCAUCCGAGCCACAGGAGAAGCCAAAUCUCAAUGGAGGGGCUCAGAAAAAUGGGGCUGGACAGGCAUCCUCAAAAAAUGGACAUUCAGCCAAGCAGCACGUUGUUGCUGACACUGAACUGUGAAAUGUGCUAGGGUGACUGACUUAUUAUCAUGAUUUGAAGGGGUAGGGGUGGGGAGAAUAAACAGUAGCAGGGGUCAGGGAGAGAUUAUUCCUUGGAUGGCUGGGAAAUUGUAACCUUUUUUUAUGUGAAGCACUUCAAAGUCCCACUCUAAAGCACACUAAGGCCCAGAGCUCGCAUAGCCCUGUGCUGUAAAAUGUUGAACAGUCUUAGUAAGAUGCUUCUGAGGGUUAACACAGGGCUAGAAUUGUGGACUAGGGUUCUUUGCUUUUCCUUCAGCAGAAGAGAAUGGGUUGUGAUCAGCAACCAAAACACCCAGGCAACAGAUGGAAAAGAUAUUUGGAACUUCAGAGUGAUGUCAGCUUUGUAAGAAAUUGGCUUGAUGCUGAUUUUACUUGGAAGGGAUUGGAGCAGGGAGGGAAAAGAGUGGAAGCUGUUGACCUUACAAUGGUUUAACCCUUCAGAGCCGAUGGAGCAUUUUAACCUCUCUUAUUAAAGAUAUACACUAUUAA